GGAAAUUUGCCGGAAAUUAAAAUACACUUGUGAGUGAAAAAUAAAUAGUCCAACGAAAUGUGUUUACCCGAGCUGGGGUCACUUCUAGCUAGUGACGGUCGGGUGAAGAGUGGCGCAAAGUGGAGAGAUAGUGAUAAAGUGGAAAAAGCGCUGAACUCGCAUUUAUUAAGAGCUGUUGGGUUUGGCGCUUACAUCAAAUUUGCUGUCAGCUAUAGCCGUUUGUUUGUACAGUGUGCGUCAGCAAUCUUUCGGCACCGUGUUUGGCUUUCUUUGCCAUGGUGAAUGAUACUGUCGACAUUGCCGCACAUAUUUUAGAUUUUAAUUUGGACUCUUCGACGUCACUGCCGCAGCCGCAAAAUCAUAACCUACAACAUUCUACUAGUAAUAGUACGCUGAGAGUAGCGAAAAAGCAAACGAAAGUGCACGAUAAUUUGGCCAGGCAAGAGCAGCAAGGUCAACAAAUUACAAGCAAUUUGAAUAUAUUGCCGAAUAGCGCUGAGAAUUUGAGUUGGACCUUCUUUGAACAUGUUUCCACAUUGGACAACCAAUUGCGCGGCGAUGAAGAGCUGAGCACAACAACCACAAAUGGUUGCCACUUAAUGUCUACCUCACCCACGCAAACAUAUGCAAUACACGAGGACGUUGACGAGAGGCUGUUGAUAAGCCACUCGGGGCCAACACAAGAGACAAUCUCACGCAAACAGAAUGGCUUUGCGCCACUAAGCACAACAACUAUACCAACAGCCAACCAUUGUGCUAAAGUAUGCGAUCCUAUUCAUUCACAGCAAUCGACAGAUUUAAUACAAAAGCAACAAAGCGACGCAGCUGCUACCGAAUUGCAAUUAGAAAGCGCGGCAACUUUUCAAUUCACAUCGCCGACUGCAACAUUUAAGCGCAAAAAGCAACAGCAAACACAGAAGCAACUACAGCAACAACAAUUCGAACACAAAUUCCACAACAAUAACAAUAACUGUGGUGGCAAUCAAACAGUGGCAGCAACGGUAAUUAAUAAUUCACUGGCAACCGUCGAAGCGUCGAAGCAGCCGAAAUCAAAAUCACCUAAUCGCAACAGUGCGGAGAGCGGCAAUGUGCAACACGCAGCAACUGUUAACACGUCGAUUAUAUUGAAUGGUAUAGGUGUGGCAGCAAUAGCAAAAGCAACAAAAGCGACAAAAGCAAUAACGGUUGACGAUAUUUUAGCAAUUGGUGACGGCGGCGGCGGCGCUAUUGGUGCGCACAACAAUACAAUAACGACAACAAAGCCAACAACAAGCUUACGUACACCGCGCAAUCGCACCUUGCCACGCAUCGCAACAACCACAACAACACCGCGGGCUGCAUAUGCAGCUGACAAUCUCGAUCUAGUGGGCAGCCACACAGGCAAAGCGCCGCUCAACGGUCACAACAGGCGGCAACGUGCCACAGCCAAGGUGAAACAGCCGCCACAGCAGCAGCAACAACAACAACAGCAGCAACGACAGCCAGCACUUCAACAACACGCGCUGCCAAAGAGAAUGACCGCAGGCGCUGCUGGCGGCAGUAGCAGUGCGAGUGGCAGUGGCAAUAGCAGCAAUCACAGCAGUAGCAACAGUAACAACAACAACAACCACAGCAAUACACUACACAAAGAAAACAGCGCGCUCAUGGACAGUUUGGGUGCACAUUUGGAGCUGGUGGGUUGGCGCAAGAAAUGCCUCUACGGCCUGCUGGUGCUGCUAAUGCUGCUCAUCAUCACAAAUCUGGUGUUGACAUUGUGGAUACUGAAAGUGAUGGAAUUCACGACGGACGGCAUGGGCCAGCUGAAGAUAGUGCCAGGCGGUAUUCAGCUCACCGGUCAGGCGCUCAUAAUGGAUAUGCUGCGUGCAUCGACAAUACGCUCCAGGCAUGGCCAGCCGAUAGCGAUAGAAUCAUCACGUAAUUUUUCAAUCAAUACACGUGACGCGAAUGGCAUGCUGGAGAAUCAUUUAUUCCUUGGGCACGAUAAACUCGAAUGCUUGGCUAAGGAAAUCCGCAUCAAUGACACCAACGGACGAAAUUUAUUUUCUGUAAAUCAAAACGAAGUCACAAUCGGUGCACACGCGUUGCGAAUUGACGGUGAAGGUGGCGCCAUAUUUCGGGAGUCCAUACAAACGCCGCAUGUACGCGCCGAACCCGGACGGGAGUUGAGACUGGAGUCCCCCACACGCCAGCUUGAGCUGACCGCUGCCAAGGAUAUAAAUUUGCAGUCACGCGCUGGUGCAAUAGAAGUGGCUGCGCUGAAGGAUGUGCGGCUGAGUGCGUUGGAUGGAAGUCUGCGCUUGGAGUCCGCGAAAAUCCUUAUGCCGAAUCUGCGUACGGCGCAGCCACCGCCACUGGGGGCGCCACAGAGCCGUGACCAUUUGCAUCGUGUCUUCCAGCUGUGCGCCUGCUCGAACGGCAAACUUUUCCUGGCCGCGCCGCAUUCGAUAUGCGCCGGUGAUGACAGCACUGUUUGUAGAUGAUUACCCGAACGGAGACAAUAAAGCAAGUAGAUGCAGCCCUGAGUGCUGGAUGAAGAAGAAGGCAGAGCAUAAAAAAGUAGUUAAAUAUUCAAAUGUAGCAUAUAACUGUAUUUGUAAGUAAGUAUAAAUAAUAGUUAUAAAAACAAGCAGGGGUUAAAGUAGUAUUCAUAUCAAUCAAUGUAACUGUUAAAUAUCACAUAUGUAAAUUAUUAGCGGCAUGUACAGUGGUGGGCAGCGAAUUGGUGCAAUAUAAUAAAUGAAAUUUGCAUAGUCAAUCGAAGUAUUUUUUUUUACUAUUUCAAACAUUUGAUAAGAUAACUUAGGUAUAAUUUCUGUUGCAAAAUUUUAACUGAUUAUUUUAGUAAUAAUUAUUGAAUAAAUUGUAUUGCCUUAUAGAGUACAUAUGUCAAACAGGACGUUAAAUGUGAAUAUUUUGGACUAAAUUUUAUUGAAAAUUUGCGAGACAAAUGGAUAUAUAAUUUCUUUACUAUUUACUUAAAUAACGUGAAUUUAUAUUCUUUUGGUAAUCUAAGGUUAAUUCGUGCAAAAACGCCUAUAUUUUUGUGAAUAUUUUGUGGCGACACAGUUCAAAUAUUUUUACUAAACGAAAUGAUACUUUAAAGUAUGGCAUGUUGUAUAAAAGUUUCAUGAAGAAAUAUUGACAACUGCCUGCAAUGGCAGCAAUUAUUCGAACGUGUCACGGCAAAAAGGAGUACUCUGGUACCCCUUAUAUGAACAGAGAGUUUGUUUUUUUCGAAAUUUAAUUUUUUUUGGAUUUUUUUUUUUUGAGAAUAAAAACAUGAAUUUUUUAAAACAAAAAUCAGCAAUUUUGUUGUAGUAAAAUAAAUAUUAUUUAUAAUUUUGGAAAAAGCUCCCCGCCAUUCGCUUGGGAAUUAUCUACAGAAUUAAAGUUAAAAAUUGCAAAAGGAUCGGUGUAGUCUUUUGAAGUUGCGACGGGAGCCAACUUUGAAACGAAAAUUUCGGGGAAAAAAAACAUUUUAAGGGGCUAUACCAAUGUGACGCAUGAAAAAUUAGGCGAUUUUUGUGAAUUUUU